UUGGAUGUUCAAUUUUUCGAAAUUGGGCUUUAUUCAUUGCUGAGCUCAGUCAUGUUAGCUAGAUGCAUCAAUGCAUAUGGGGAUCCUUCUGCACUGAAAGUUAGAUUUACGGAACAAGCUGAAAAUGAAUAUAGUCUCUGUUUUUCUCUUCCAUCCCUGGACAUCUGGUUACACUCUUUUGAUUGGAUUGAAGUUACUGAACUUCUGAAAUCUUAUUCCCAGAAACUGGAAGACAGUAGUCAAGACCCUAUCUUGUCAAAAGGUUCAGACUUGGAUAUUGAUGAACCUAUUGAAGUGGUAAGGAAUAUUUGUGACAAUACUGAUCGGGCUUUGAAUGUUCUUCAAAAUGAGGGUUCAGAGAACUCUAGUGAUGUUAUGGCAUUUACCGCAAGAUCAGAGAUUAUUGGUGUCACAAUCCAUUUUCCUCUUUGCACAAGCGACACAGAAUUUCCAGGGUUCAUGGCAACUGAUAUUCAUGAGAUAUCUGAGGAAGAGCACCCAAAUUAUUUUAAAGGGAGAUACUGUAAAUAUGUUACGCUUACAGCAUGUAGUAGGAGCGGCGAACUCUCUAUUCGUGGGAGAGACAUCAAACUCAGCAAUAAGGUUGAAAAGCUCAGUGGGAUUCUUGCAAUAUCUGGGGUUAAUACUGUACGGUCUUGCUCUCUGUUUGGGGCGUCACAGCUACUUGUAGAAACAAAUAUUCAGAUGGAUCAAAACAAGAUCAUGAACAUAGAUGUAGGGAUACUGUCUGAAAAUGUGGAGAUGCAUGCAUCUCAUCAAGUAUUAUCUUUCUGGCAUGGAAUUACGUUUGAUUCACCUGGGACACCAUCUUCACGAAAUUCGCAAGGAAACAUGAAUAUAAAAGUCCAGAUAAGAGAUGUGUCUCUUCUUAUUUCAGAUGGAAAGUGGGGAUGUAGCGGUCUGCUUCUUGAAGUUCUUAUGAGAAACUUUCUCCUGCAAGCUAAUCUGACCGAAAAGAAUAUGGAGAGUUUGGUAUCAUGCGAUCUUGAAGUGAAUUAUAAUAAUAUGCACAAGGUCUUGUGGGAGCCUUUUAUUGAGCCCUGGAAUUUUGAUCUCAAAUUAUCCCGAAAAUUUGAGGCUAAUUCUUUGCUGAACAAUGCUGGUCUCACUGAAGUAAUUGUUGCAUCAUCAAAUCAGCUCAAUGUGAACUUAACAGAAUCUCUCUUUGAGUGUAUUUUCAGGAUAAUUGAGAUGUCGAACACUUUGGAAUUGAUGGAAACAGAUGCCAUUCCUGACGAUAAGGGAUUGUCAGUUUACUGCACCAAAAGUGCCAAGACAGAACGAUAUUCCCCAUAUGUACUUCAAAAUUUAACUUCUCUUCCUUUGGGGUACCAAGUUUUCCAAGGACAUGAUUCAAAUGUACUAAAUAUGUCAGCUCCAGUGGCUCAGGACUUUGUGCAACCUGGUUCCUCUGUUCCCAUCUAUGUUGAUAAUAAUGACACACUACUUGUUCCUGAUAGACGCCGAAGUCAAUUUGGUUGUUUCAGCAGCGAAUCUGGUGAUGCCACACAACAUUAUAUGAAGAUUCAACUUGAUGGAACAUCUUUUGCUUCUCCUCCUCAUUCAAUGGAUCGAAUUGGCCUUUCCUAUUUUGAGGUUGAUUUUUCCAAAACAUCAAACUCCAGUGAUAAUGUUGAGAAAGGAAGUAAAUCUGGUUCUGGAAGCAGCUUUGUUGUUCCUGUUGUGUACGAGGUUUCAUUGCAGCAGCAGAGCAAGUUAAUACGAGUAUACUCAACUGUUAUAAUUUUGAACUCCACAUCCAUGCCACUGGAACUUCGCUUUGAUAUUCCGUUUGGCAUCUCCCCAAAGAUCCUAGAUCCUAUUUUUCCUGGUCAAGAAUUUCCACUGCCUCUACACUUGGCUAAGUCUGGCCGGCUACGGUGGCGUCCCCUCGGAGAUUCUUAUUUAUGGAGUGAAGCUCAUAGCAUCUCCAAAGUUCUUUCUCAAGAUAGCAGGAUAGGAUUUCGCCGAUCUUUUGCUUGUUAUCCAUGUCACCCUAGCCAUGAACCAUUUCGUUGUUGCAUAUCUGUUCAGAGCACUAGCUUGCCGGCAUCAUUUUAUCUUAAUGAUUCGCCAGAUGGAAAUUUUGGUCAGCAGUUGCACGAUCUUGACCAAUCAAGAGAGCGGUUCAUUCAUCAAGUGACUUUAAGUACUCCAUUUGUUGUGAGCAAUUGUCUUCCAGAACCAAUAUCACUUUCAAUCGAAAGUGGUGGCAUCACUCAGACUGCAUCCCUUUAUGAGGGGGAGACGAUGGGUAUAUGUGCUUUUUAA